CACGAGGUACUCCAUUUUGAGAAGAAUAGGAUUGUAUUGAUAAAGGAGGGGCAGGGGCGGGAUGGUGCAAGGACUGUGUUUUGAAAGGAAGAAAAAACAACAAGUGAUCCUGUCCGAAAACAUAUCGUUCUGUAAUCGUCGUUUAUAGCUUAUUUGUCCUUUUCAAAGGCAGAAGCGGCCCAUUCACAAAUAAAUAUGGGAAACUGCCACACCGUGGGACCCAAUGAAGCCCUGGUCGUUUCAGGUGGCUGCGGCGACACCAAGACCUAUGUGGUGGGGGGCUGGUCCUGGGCCUGGUGGCUCAUCUCGGACAUCCAGAGAAUGUCACUGGAGGAGGUUAUGACCAUCCUCUGUCGCUGUGAGAAUAUCGAAACUUCGGAGGGGGUUCCAUUGGAUGUGACAGGGGUGGCUCAGGUGAAGGUGAUGACCGAUACCGAGCUGCUGGGCUACGCCUGCGAACAGUUCCUGGGGAAGACGGUGGCGGAGAAGAGUGUCAUCCUGCAGACCCUGGAGGGUCACCUGCGCUCCAUCCUCGGUACCCUGACCGUGGAGCAGAUCUACCAGGACCGAGACCGCUUCGCCACACUGGUGCGCGAGGUGGCCUCCCCCGACGUGGGCCGCAUGGGCAUCGAGAUCCUCAGCUUCACCAUCAAGGACGUGUACGAUAAGGUGGAGUACCUGAGCUCCCUGGGGAAGACCCAGACGGCGGCGGUGCAGAGGGACGCCGACAUCGGGGUGGCCGAGGCCGAGAGAGACGCUGGCAUCAAGGAAGCAGACUGCAAGAGGGAGAUGAUGGAUAUCAAGUUCCAGGCUGACACAAAGAUGGCCGACUCCAAACGAGAGCUGGAAAUGCAGAAGGCUUCUUUUAACCAAGAGGUCAACACAAAGAAAGCGGAGGCCGAGCUGGCCUACGUGCUGCAGGCGGCCAAGGAGCAGCAGAAGAUCCGGCUGGAGGAGAUCGAGAUCGAGGUGGUGCAGAGGAAGAAGCAGAUCACCAUCGAGGAGAAGGAGAUCGUGCGCAUGGACAAGGAGCUCAUCGCCACCGUCAAGAGGCCCGCCGAGGCCGAGGCCUACAAGAUCGAGCAGCUGGCCGAGGGACAGAAGAUGAAGAAGGUGCUGACGGCCCAGGCGGAGGCGGAGAAGAUCCGGCUGAUUGGAGAGGCGGAGGCGGGCUCCAUCGAGGCGGUGGGCAAGGCGGAGGCCGAGAAGAUGAGGCUGAAGGCGGCGGCGUACCUGCAGUACGGCGAGGCGGCCCAGACGGCGCUGGUGCUGGAGGCCCUGCCCAAGAUCGCGGCCAAGGUGGCGGCGCCGCUGGCGAGGACCAACGAGAUCAUCAUCAUGAGCGGAGACAACAGCCGCAUGAGCGGCGAGGUGACGAGGCUGCUGGCCGAGCUCCCCGUGACCGUCAACGCCCUUACCGGGGUGGACAUGAUGAAGAUGCCUUUCCUGCAGCAGCUCACCGGCCAACAGAGCGAGUUGGCCAUUUGAGGAGCCAGGAUGUCUGGAGCCUGUUACAAUACUGUCUGCCUCAUGCAUGGCGAUCCUACACACUACUACUCCUAUAUUACCUCUAUCUCCAAAACUUCUGUAUUAUACACUCUCUCUCUCUCUCUCUUUCUCUCUCUCUAUGUAUUGACUGCCUUUGACCAUCAACAACACCUAACAAGAAGAUUUUAUAUCUAGAUGUCACAUGUUUGUGUUUUAUUUCGAAACAGGGAAAACAAACCCAUGGUGGCUUCUCUCUAAUGGACUAGAACGCGCUUGUGCUUUUUGCUGGAUUGCUUUGCGUUUUUUAAACGAUGAUGAUUUAAACAGCACACACCAAGCCCCGAGGACAUCUCUCACUCUCCCCGGAACGGGCACGGCAUGUGUCUCUCCUACCCCACCAAGGAGCGUCCGUUGGUACCUGAUCACGGUAACCACGGUACCCAUCCAUUGAUGUGAUCAUGGCUUACAGCGGCCGUAUCGAGUACAAUGUAGCCGGGAGUGAGGCGUAAACUCCCCCCUAAAGUCGAGUGUAAUUCCGACGAGGAACCGAUCCCUAGUCUUUGACAAAACGUUGAUGGAUGAAUGCCAAAAGCCCACUUAAGGGCUGAUUAUAAUUCCAUGUCGACGCAACGCAAGGGGGUUUACGGACCCCUUAUGUCCUUGUGGACCCUCCUUGCAUCCACCGCAAGGGCCUGACGUGAGCCUCCAAAAAAUGUUUACCUUGCGUCGAGGCGACGCAGAAGCAAGGGCUGUGAUUGGUCCGCUCGCUAAAACCCGACGCAGAACCAAACCAGGUUCACGACUGCGUCGAAGCGUCUGCGUGGUCCCUUGCGUUGCGUCGACGUGGAACCAUAGUCAGCCCCUUUAGUGUGGCACUACAUUUCUCGAUGUGACUUGGUGGUGGAAACACUAACCAAGCACUAAGUUUAUUGGGCACUGAUACUUAAGAACACAGUGUCAGAUACUCACUCCUGAAGCCAAACCGCACAAAGCAGAACAGUCUCGGCAUCCUCUAUGCUGGAAUCAUCUUAACAUGGGGGGGGGGGGGGUGGGAACAAUGGGUGUGUGAGCUGUUAGGAUUGUCCCGUCCGAAGUAUAUUGUAGCGUUAGCACGUCCCUAAUCCGAUGUGCUGUCCAAUCACUCAAGUGCCCUGGCCAGAUAGAUUUCCUUCCUCGUCUUCGUUGUGCUUUUGAUGUCUUGCAUCCAAAGUGAAUCUUUGUACUACUUUGUACUAACGUAAGCUCACUGCUAGGCCCCCCUCUAUCCACUCGCUUUGUCCACGCAGAUGGACGCCGGUCCGUGCGCCAUGUUGAAGCCAUACACCGUUCAAAUUAGCCUUAAUCAGGAAAUCUAGAGCAGACUUUUCAGGUUUCCUCCCACCUCGUGGUAUUACCUCAACUUCUAGAGUACAUAUGCAUACCAAAACGGAGCUUUAAAUUGCCCAAACUAACCAUCACCCCCAUGACCCCCAGUGUGACCCACACUAUUGAGUUCUGUCUUCUUAUGAUUUUCUUUUUGUCUGAUUGCAUUUUAACACCAGCUUGGAUCUCUGACUUUAUUGCAUCUAGUAUAUUUUCCACUGUUCUUGGAGAGCAGAAUUUAUUGUAAAGAAAGUUACAGUUAUUAUUUUAUAAGAUAUAUAUCCUUUCAUAUGUACAGAAGCGUAAUGCAUUUACUCAAGAAUUAAUGAGAUUAUCAUGUCAGAAUUCUGGGAAGGGUUUUCAUGGCAAAAAACAAAUUCUGGUUCCAAUCCAAAGGUCAUUUCGAAUAGGGGGUCGAUACCCCAUGUCUCAAACAUAAACCAAAAUAAAACUGCAUUAAGCUAAAGUCGUGGUAUAUGUUUGGUUCUAUGAAAUAGAGCCCUUAAGUAAAUGUGACCUUCUCUUGGGACUUGGAGGUAUCUUGUUUAAUCACAAUAACAGCUGAUUGUUUUUUGCAAUGAAAAGUUAACGUUUCUUAGUAUUCUGAGAUAAUUAUCUCAUGCAUUACUCGUACACAUGGUUACAUAUUCAGUUAUUUUUCUUUGGGUUAUUUUCUAUUUUGGAAUACAUGUAAAGUCAACAGGAACUCAUGGUACAGUCUAUGUCGAGUUCAUUGCUUCUGUCUGUAGGCUGAAGCUUCAGGUGAUGAUUUGGGAGUGACGUCUAGACCAGCCUGGAGUAGCAGCAGUGCUACAGGCCCUUAUCUAAAAGGGGUAACAGUAGACUACCACAGGUGUAUCUCAUGACGGUCAUUCUGGGAUCGGGAAUGUCUACAGACACAUCGUUAACAUAAUGAGAUACACCUGGUUCCUGGUGCCCUCACUACUACAGCUCAGUGAUAAAGGCCUGUCAUGCUGUAAUACAGUAUUUACAUGGAUAACAUUUCUAUCUUUGCGUUGGAAGUGGUCUACGAAUGUAUUUAUAUGACACCGUCAUCCCAGGUCAAACCGUCGAGAUCAUCGGAAGAUAAAAACACAGUAUUUUUUUUUGGUUUUGUUUUGUACCAAACUGAAACAUUUGAAAUAUUACAUUUCGGUAGCAAAAAACGUGUUGCAGUGAAUUGGACCAUUUCAGCCAACAGAAACAUGAGUUGUGUAGUAAGCCUAUUGCUUCAUAUUUUAUACGUUUCUUGAGUGUGUAACACAUGACUAGGGUUAAUGCCCUGCUCAUGAGGGGGAAGGGAUUUCGAGUAGCACUGCGUGCCAAACCACUGAUUGUCUAUUUAGCCUUCAACACAUGUUUGUGUUAUAAUUACGUGUUAGUAUGUACCCGCCUCCGGCCCCACCCCAUCGGUUCUGCUGUCAUUCUCCGAUAACCCUGCUGAGAUCAUGACCAGAUAUGGGCGCGGAAGUCCUUGAAAUUGUUUUCGGAGUGGCGGCAGCUUCUUAAUUGGUAGACCUAAUGAAAUAGACUGAGCAGACAUUUUUUAACCUAUGCCUUAAUACUCAAUUCAAAGUCAGAAGGAAUCCACGUUUGGUCCAUCAAAGCCAGUGACUGUAACCAGAAUAAAUGUACUAACUUUAUAUCUAAAAUACACAUUUACUGACUGUUCACUGUGAAAGUAGUUCCGCAUGGGAUUUCAACUUGUGUUGGUCUAAAUAAACGUAUUCAAUUAUAGCGUUGUGUGUUUCCCUUGAAUAAAUGUUAAAUCAUCUCAUGCAUUCUGAUUUGAUGGAUUUGGGAAAGCUUUAACAUAUCAUGACAUAGGCCUGAAACCUGGUAAAAUGACAUAAAUGCAAAAGCUCUGUAAAACAUGUUAUGCUCAUUGUGUAUAAAAUAAAUACAUUUAUAGACAGAA